AUGUCAGAGAUCCCGACAGUCACCGGCGUGAUCUGGCCCGACAUACACCUCUCGAGAAGCGGAUCAGCAGACUGUGUCUCAGGCAUAGUCUCAGUAACAACGGCCACCACGAAGAAUCUCGAACUCCACCUUCCAUCGCCACUGAAUCAAUCUCAAGUCACCCAGAUUAUUCUCGACUUCGCGACCUCUGGCUCAACAUACAUCCAGUCCAUCUCGACCGGAACGCAGAAUGUCACAGGUACAUACGAGAUAGGAGCAACGUUAUGCGUCCCGAUAAACAGAACUUCCAACCAUCUUGUUCAAUUCUUGACUCAUGGUCUUGGCUUCGACCGCAGCUAUUGGGACUUCGCAUCCGGCUAUUCAUACGUCGACGCUGCCUUGACGAAUGGACACGCAGUAUUCUUGUACGAUCGACUCGGUGUCGGCUUGUCGUCGAAACCAGAUCCUGUCAACUUAGUUCAAGCAGGACUGCAGCUUGAGAUUGCCAACGCUCUCAUUUGCAAGCUUCGAGCUGGCGAAUUGGAAAACACGACGUUCUCGACCGUCGUCGGAGUUGGUCAUUCGUUCGGCAGCGUGCUGACACAAGCUGUCACUUCCACCUACCCCCGGUCGCUGGAUGCCGCCAUCUUAACUGGCUACAGUCUCAACUCGACUGGGUUCCCGCUAUUUCUGACGGGCGUCAAUCUCGCUAUCGCCUCCGAAGCCCGUCCGUAUCAAUUCAGCGGUUCACAGAACGGAUAUACCGUUGCAAGUACAGCCAUUUCGAACCAGAUUGGGUUCUUCCACGCACCAGGUUUUGAUCCCGCGAUCGUCAGUCUUGCCGACUCGACGAAAGGGACCAUCGCCGUAGGAGAGCUCUUGUCUACGAGUGCCAUUGUCGGGCCAGCACUCGAGUUCAACGGCACGGUGGCCAUCGUUAACGGGAUCGAUGACCUUCCCUUCUGCAAUGGAAACUGCUCAUCUCCAGGCAACCUCCUGGGGCAAGUUAAGCAAUUGUAUCCUCGAGUGUCCAAUGACAGCUUCGUGACGUCGCUUGUACCGAAUACUGGACACGCCAUUAGCUUGCACUAUUCUGCAGGAGCUGUGUACGAAUCAGUUCAGGCUUUGCUGAUUGCGAAGGGCUUGUGA